CAGUGGACACAGCACAGCCAGGGAGAGAGAGGGACACAGUGGACACAGCACAGCCAGGGAGAGAGAGGGGCACAGUGGGUUCAGAUUUGAACAGAGACAAAGUGCGCACAGCCCCGGGUCACUAGGCAAGAACAGCUCUAGAACAACACAAAUGUGGACACAGGGGCAUAGUGGGACCAGCACCGCCAGGGAGAGAGAGGGGCACAGUGGGUUCAGAUUUGAACAGGGACAAAGUGCGCACAGCCCCGGGUCACUAGGCAGGAACACCUCUAGAACAACACAAAUGUGGACACAGGGGCAUAGUGGGACCAGCACUGCCAGGGAGAGAGAGGGGGAGAGUGGGUUCAGGAUUAAACAACAGCUCAGUGGACACAGCAGCGGGACAGAGGGCCUGCAGAGGGCCAGGGCAGGAGGCGGCAAGGAGGGGCUGGGUGGCUGCAGCUCAGUCCUCACCCCUCAGGGGCCCCCAGGAGUUGGUGGCCCAAGCCUGGAGCUCGACGAAGUGCACCCCCUGCUGGAGUGGGACAGGGAGGGCCGGCAGAGCGAGCUGCAGUACUACAUCCAGCUGCUGUUGGACCGCACGCCUGGAGAGCCAGUGGACUCCGUGAUGCCCGCACCAGGACAGAGAGAGACAUCCACAGCGGAGGAGUCCCCAAGCAGGCAGACAGUGGAUAGUGUCAGACCCCAGCCCACAGGACAGUCAGUGUCAGGACACCCUCCCCCCUGCCUCCACCCCUCCUCCAGCGUCCUCAAGACCAAACUACACUGCUCCCCACCUGAGACCAGUUGUGAGGCCGCUGGUCCAGUGGAUGGUAUCCUCUCCCCACAGCAGAUUGGACAGCUCUCCCGCCUCCUGACGCAGUGCCACUCUCAACCCAGCAGAGGAGCGCCAUCGUUGGAAGACCUCCUCACUUACCUCCGGAGCGUCGACUCUGCCAGGUGUUCCCAGGGAGAGGGGGGGAGUGUAUGUCUUCCGGCCGCGCGCAGAUCCCACAGCCUCCAGUCGAGCCAGGGUGUGAUGAAAGAGGCACCACCAGCGCGUCGCGGCCCAUCAGCUCGACCAGUAGGGGGCGACAGGAGCCAGAGCAAACAGGUCCGGAAGGCCGUAGCCCAGUCCAAAAUGGGACAGCCCACCAGGGGGACAGUGUGGAGAUAACAGGAGGCGCUGGAUGGAGGGGGUGGGGAGUUUUUAAAGACCUUUUUUCAGUUGCUUGUUUUAUAGAAAUCUCUAUUUUUUAUUCAUCUGCUGCAUUAAUUAUUGAUAAUAGCUGAGCAAGUUGUAAUUAAAAUGUUAAUAAAUGUGAUUUUUACUGAGAA